UAUCAUAUUAAUGUAGUCGGCAUAUAGUAGCAUGGAGAGGGGAAACGUUUCCUUGGAAACUAGCACGAUAAAAAGAUAAUUUCCAUAAACCGUUUCUCGGCAAAAUAUAUUCCUUUCAUCUAAUCUGCGGUCAAUUCUUUCACCUUACACAAAAUCAAGCAAAAUUGUGUCACAGUAUGCCAAGAGCCGAUAUGGACGCGAAUCAUGUAUCGGUCGUAAUACCAUCUCUUAUCCCGAGGUUUACGUUAAACGAGUGGCAUCACAACAAUCAGUUCAGAUAUCGAUGUUCCGAGGCGCAACAAGAAUCAUCAGAUCGACUCUUGGCUGAUUCAACGCGCGCCUGUGACUUGGCCACGGAAAUUGUGAAAACGAAUAAGGAAAAGACGGAUCAUCAACUGAGGGAAAAAAUUAACGACAUCGAAUUUCGUAGGGGAGAAUUGCUGCGGGUCAGAAAAGACAUUGUUCUAGAAAUUGAUGCUCUUUUAACAUACAAAGAACGAAUUGUGAACACACUGAAGUCCGUGAAAAGAAACGCUCUCACGAUUUGUGAAAAAUGUCUCACUGCCAGGGAGCGCAGGUUGAGUGUCGAUUUAGUUCAUGAUAAGGUUGAGAAGAAGUUAUUGGAAGAACGCGGAAUGAUCCAAAAAGCGGAGAGCUCCUUGGGUCGAAUUUUAGGGGAAAUUUGUGAACAAAUCCGUAAAUUGAAGGCCACAUUGUAUCAUAUCGACCGCGAUCUUGAAAAUAAGGAGUGCAAUUUAUAUAUUGAUCGUCGUAAUAUAGUUUUGAAGGAGACUGAUUUCGAUUUGAAUACCAGCUACAGCACUUCGUGUCUUGAUAAAUCAGUAAUCAAAUUAAACGAGUGGGAGCUGCAAACAAACAACAAUGUUGUUAGUGCAAAUAAAGAAGUAAACGAUGCAAAACGAUUACGCUCUUUUAUCGAUACAAUAAUCAAGCAAACAAUUGACGAUCUGAAUAGACAAAAGGAUGUCACGAACGGAGUUUUCAGACAACGUAUCGAACAGACUCAGGAAGCUAAAGCCAAAUUGGAAUUUCAACACUCGGAGAUAGUGAAACAAAUUACCGCUAUGUCAAGCAAUAUUACGCUUAUCAAAAAAUCUAUAGCUGAUAAAGAGGGAUACAUGGCCCUGGCUCAUACAAGAUUAGAAUAUCGAUGUCAACGUCCAGAAACAGAAGCUACUCAAGAUCCAGUUGAAGCUAAUCUUGUAAAAGAAAUACGUGAAUUACGAAAUAUCGUAGCAAAUCUGCAACAAACGCUUUGUGAGGACAUCGAGCGUGGCGAGAGUCGUUUCGCGGUAGCAGUAUCGUCGGCUAACUCGCGGCCGGCGUCAACGUCGGCGUCGACGCCGACGCCGGGGACGGCGUUGGCAUCGGCGCCGGCAUCGCCACGCGAAUCGGCAUCUAACAGAUACGACGCGGGAGCAACAGCCGGAGUGGGGCAUGGAGUGAAUGUGCGGGAACCAGGUACGCGGCACGGCCAGAGUACACGUGCUGGCGCAAACGCGGGACCGACGAUGAGGCGGGAGAGAGAUUCUGCUUGUAAAAGUCGCUGGAAGGCAAUCGGUUGUUUUCUGGGACGCUUAACAAUCAUCAUGCUGUUGCUGGCAGCUGUUGCAGCUGCUCUGACGCUCGUAGUGAUCUACAUGGGUCCGAUUUAUCUUGUGCAGCUACUCAUAGUGAUUUCCGUGGCCUAUUUCGUCUCUGGUGGCCGAUUAAGAUGGUUCUACGUCGCCCUUAAAACAUUGCCACGUGAUGUCAAAGGACUUAUAGGAUAUAUUAGAAUGCUAUGGGAAAUUCAUGGACACGAAAAGAAAGAUAGAGGCGUGGCCGACAUAUUUCGACAAUACGUUAAUCGUCAUCCUAAUAAAGCCUGUUUAAUAUUUGAAGACCAGGAAUGGACCUACCAACAGGUGGAAGACUUUAGUAAUAAAAUUGCGACGAUAUUUAAAUCGCACGGGUACAAGAAAGGAGAUGCGAUUGCUUUACUUUUGGAAAAUCGGCCUGAAUUUGUUGCGAUUUGGUUAGGCUUGAGUAAGCUCGGCGUAAUAACACCUUUAAUUAACACGAAUCUUCGAAAAACCACUCUUCUACAUAGUAUCAGUAUUGCAAACUGCCAGGCGCUUAUAUACGGUGCGGAGUUUUUUGAUGCUGUGACGGACAUUGUCUCAUCUCUGGAUGCUAAAUUAGCAUUGUACAGAUUUGGAAGUCACCCGAAUGCUAUGUCAAUCGGAUUGAAAGAAAAGGAUUUGAAUGCUCUCUUGGCAGAUACGUCUGCAACACCACCAGUGUUACAAGAGAAGGGUGGUUACAAUGACAAAGUACUUUAUAUUUAUACUAGUGGCACUACAGGACUUCCUAAAGCAGCUGUAAUUACUAAUUCAAGAUAUAUUUUUAUUGCGUGCGCUGUGCACUUUAUGGGGGUGUUACGUAAUUUUGAUAGAUUAUAUACACCAUUGCCGCUAUAUCAUACUGCUGGUGGAGUAAUGGCUGUGGGACAAGCCAUCUUAUACGGACACACAACAGUGAUAAGGAAAAAAUUCUCAGCUAGCGCGUACUUCAGUGAUUGCAUGAAAUACAAAUGCACUGUUGGUCAAUAGAUAGGAGAAAUGUGUCGUUAUAUUCUGGCAGUACCACCUAAAAAGGAGGACAAGGAACACAACGUUAGGAUGAUUUUUGGCAACGGGCUGAGGCCGCAGAUAUGGACUGAAUAUGUAAACCGAUUCAAUAUUCCAAAGGUGCUCGAGUUUUAUGGCGCGACCGAAGGCAAUGCUAACAUUAUUAAUAUUGACAACAAGACGGGGGCAAUAGGUUUUAUUUCAAGAAUUAUCCCGUCAGUCUAUCCUAUAUCUAUUAUCAAAGUAAACGAGGAAGGAGAACCUAUACGUAACUCUAAAGGACUAUGUCAAGUCUGUGAACCAGACGAACCCGGCGUAUUUAUUGGAAAGAUUAAACCGAACAAUCCGGUAAGAGCAUUCUUAGGAUACGUGGAUGAAAAGGCGUCUGAGAAAAAGGUAGUUUAUGAUGUUUUCACAAAAGGAGACUCUGCCUUUUUAUCAGGGGACAUUCUUGUUGCCGACGCACUGGGAUAUUUGUACUUCAAAGAUAGAACGGGAGACACGUUUAGAUGGAAGGGCGAAAAUGUAUCGACUUCUGAAGUUGAGGCGAUAAUUAGUAAUAUUAUCAACUACCGAGAUUGCAUUAUAUACGGCGUUGAAAUUCGAGGUAAUGAAGGCAGAGCAGGAAUGGCUGCAAUUUAUGAUGAAAAUGGAACAUUGGAUAUAGAUAAAUUAACAAUUGACAUCAAAGAACAAUUACCCACUUAUGCCAGGCCACAAUUUGUCAGGAUUUUGACGAAAAUUGAUCUCACAGGAACAUUUAAGUUGAAGAAAAAGGAUCUCCAAGAGGAAGGAUACAAUUCGAAUAAAAUUCAAGACAAAUUAUAUUAUUUAGAUGCAAAACUUGGUUAUCAACUAUUAACAUCAGAGGUUUACGAUCAAAUUCAACAAGGAAAAGUAAAAUUCUAAUUUAUUAGAAAAGUGUAAACUAGGACAUUAACAUUCUCAAUCGUUCGAUUCCAUAUAAAUGCGUGUACAUAUAUACAUUGCUGGACAAUUAACUGUUAAAUGUUUGACACUGAAUUUAACGUUAUAUAGAGAUUGUUCUUACUAUAAAUAAAUCUGAAAAGCCUCAUUUA